AGGACAGCAAAGAUUCAUUGGUCCGGUGGUGGCCUCAGAAGCCGGAGCUAUGGGGACCCUAGCCACCAGGGCCGCGUGCCAUGGGGCACACCUGGCCCUGGCUCUGUUGCUGCUACUGUCGCUGUCCGGUCCCUGGCUGUCGGCUGUCGUCCCCGGGACUCCGCCUCUCUUCAACGUCAGUCUGGACGCGGCCCCGGAGCAGCGCUGGCUGCCGAUGCUGCGGCACUACGACCCAGACUUCUUGCGCACCGCGGUGGCGCAGGUCAUUGGCGACAGGGUUCCCCAGUGGGUACUCGGGAUGGUCGGAGAAAUUGUGUCGAAGGUGGAGAGCUUCCUGCCUCAGCCCUUCACCGACGAGAUCCGCAGCAUCUGUGACUCGCUCAACCUCAGCCUGGCUGACGGUAUCUUGGUCAACCUGGCCUACGAGGCUUCCGCAUUCUGCACCAGUAUUGUGGCCCAAGACUCCCAAGGCCAUAUUUACCACGGCCGGAACCUGGACUAUCCUUUUGGAAAAAUCUUACGAAAGCUGACAGCGAACGUGCAGUUUAUAAAGAAUGGGCAGAUUGCAUUCACUGGGACCACUUUUGUUGGCUAUGUAGGACUGUGGACAGGCCAAAGUCCACACAAGUUUACAAUUUCUGGUGAUGAACGAGAUAAAGGCUGGUGGUGGGAGAAUAUGAUCGCGGCGCUUUCUCUGGGACACUCCCCCAUCAGCUGGCUUAUCCGCAAAACCCUGAGUGAGUCAGAAAGCUUCGAAGCAGCUGUCUACACGCUGGCCAAGACUCCCCUCAUUGCUGACGUUUAUUACAUUGUUGGGGGUACAUCGCCCAAGGAGGGAGUAGUCAUCACCAGGGACCGAGGUGGCCCGGCAGACAUUUGGCCUCUUGACCCUCUGAAUGGAGAGUGGUUCCGAGUUGAGACAAAUUAUGACCAUUGGAAGCCUGCACCCAAGGUGGAUGACCGAAGAACACCAGCCAUCAAAGCCCUAAAUGCUACAGGGCAAGCUCACCUCAAUCUGGAGACCCUCUUCCAGGUUUUAUCCCUGUUUCCUGUUUAUAACAACUACACAAUUUAUACUACAGUGAUGAGCGCUGCCGAGCCCGACAAGUACCUGACCAUGAUCAGAAACCCGAGCUGAAGGUGAUGUAUUGUCAAAAAGCUGCAUUUAGAAGUCUAAGACUGGAAGGACUGUCCCGUUUCCUGAGCAACGCAGGCUCCCUCCCCACAGAGCGUUUCUGCCUGUGGAGGAAGAGGAGCGCAGCCUGCUGUCUUGGUCCUCCUGACUUCCUGGUCCCCUUGAGCUUCACUAACAGCCCACCUUGGCUUGAACAACUCAUAUAACUGGUCUCAGAGGUCAGGCUGCACCCAACCAGUCACAAGUGUCCUGUGAUUCUGUGUUCACACUCCUGCUUGUCCACUGAAGAAGGGACAGGACAAGAUGGCUGUCAUGUGGACAAACCCAGGUUUCUCCUAAGGCUGGGUGAGGCUUAGUGGCAGGGUUUGCACCGAUAGAUAGAUAGAUGAUAGAUAGAUAGAUAGAUAGAUAGAUAGAUAGAUAGAUAGAUAGAUAAUAGAUAGAAAGAUAGAUAGACAAAUGAGAGUUUUCUCUGAAGAGCAGAGACCUCUAAUUUGAGUAAAAUUUUCUUAAAGCUAUGAACUCUGACUUUUGAUUUUGUGUUUCCAUUUAGUAGAAACUCAUUUUUUGUAAACUUCUAAUGUAUUUUUUUAAAUGUAAGCCUUAUUAAAAAUAAAACUACUUUCUUACUACUUUUGAAAAAUAUAUGACACCAAAUAAUAUCCUGUCAUCGUUUGUUAAUAAAAUGUCAAAAAAAAAAAUGCUAGCUGUGAAGAGAAAACUUAUAAUUUUGGGUCUUAUAGCAUUGUGGUAUCUAAGCUCAAGAAAUUCAGGGCUGAAGAAUAGACCCAGGCGGAUCCAGGCACAGCCAGAUCCACCCUGUAGCUAAGAAUGUCCGGCCAUAAAAGAUAAAAAAGAAAGUGCAGGAACUAGCCAGGGCUAUCAGGACCAAAUGGCCAUCUGGCAGGAUGGCGCCUCCCGGGUGGCACCUCCCUAUAGCCCACCAUAAAUCAUAUACUGACCAGGUGUCCUGCUGACCUCGAGAAGUCCAAGCCUUUGUGCCCCCCUACACCUUAACUAGCAUGUACUGCCCUGUUAAUUUGUAAUCACCUCGCCGACAUUUAAAUAAGCCAAUCAUGUGUAACCUCGCAAAUUCCUUCGGCUCCCUCCCUUUUUGGUUUGUGGUUUUUGCCUUUAUAAGCCUGUAAGAAGUUUGGGCCGGGGUCGAACUCCCCUGCCCCCUGCGCAGUGCAUGAGUUUCGACCCCAGCAUGCUGGCUUGAGUGCUCUUUUGUUGUUUGUGUGUGUGUGUGUGUGUGUGUGUGCCAUUAAAAGCCUGUUGUUACAACG